AUGGCAAACUUUGUGAACCAGAAUUUUCAGGUUGAUGUAUGUGAAUCUGGCUUGGAGAUUCAGAAAGUUGCAAAUGUUGCAGAGUUAGAAGAUGAUGGAAAGCCCACAAGAAAAGGCCAAGGAAAAAGAACCAGCCUUUCAGGCGUGGAAGUCGGAAUUAGCUUAUCGGCAGCUGAAAAGACAUGGAGAAUGUUCAGAGCUCUCGGCGAUAUUGCAUUUGCUUACACAUAUUCUCAAAUUUUGAUUGAAAUUCAGGAUACUUUAAAAGCAGUACCUCCUGAAAACCAAGUGAUGAAAAAGGCCAAUUUUAUGGCUGUUUCAGCUACAACAGUAUUCUAUAUGAUGUGUGGGUGCUUGGGUUAUGCUGCAUUUGGGAACAAUGCACCAGGCAAUUUGUUAACUGGAUUUGGAUUUUAUGAGCCAUUCUGGUUGGUGGAUCUUGCCAAUUGCUUCAUUGUGGUGCACCUGGUUGGAGCAUAUCAGGUUUAA